CGCGUGCUCAGUAUGCCUUCGGCUGGUGCUGUUUGCUGUCCUCCUCCAGCUCCACACUGUCAUCUCUGUUUCCACACUGUGCUAUUUCUGACUCCAGCAUCGGUAGUUGUUACUAUGCCUGAAGCCCGUGUUCUUUGUGUCUACGGCCGUGCCGCGCAUAUGCAUACUCGGUGUUCAUAACCACCUCUCCGAUUGGUGGAACGCGUUGUGUGAACGUGUCCGUGCCGAUCAAGCGCAUGCGCGUUAUGAUUACCGCCGUCCCGGUCACCAGGCAUGGUUGGUGAGCAUAACGUCCUCGCCGGUCACGCGCAUGCACUUCGUCCAAUGUCCCUGCCGGACAUGCGCAUGCUCGAUAUGCAUAACGCCUGUGCCGGCCACGCGCAUGCUCAUUGUGCAGUAGCGGUGUCUCGCACUGUGGCGGUUCUAUGGCGCUCACUUUGGCGGAGCUCGAGGAUGUCCUCAUCGAUCCGGGCGGCGUCUUUAAAUACGUCCUCAUUCGUGUCUGGAGCGAAAGUGACAACCCCCAGGAGAAGACCAUCGUCCGCGGCUGGGCUUCGGCCGAGUAUCACGCUGAUAUCUAUGAGCAAGUGUCUAGCUGGAUUCAGAAGCAUGGUCUGCAGUGUGAGUGCCAAGGCGGUGGUCGUAUUAACCAUAACAGCGCCAAGAAGACAAUCCACGUGUACGGAUACUCCAUGGGUUAUGGACGUGCAAAGCAUGAAAUCACAACAGAGAUCCUGAAAACCAAGUAUCUAGACUACAAUGUGACCUGGGCGAAUGAGGGUUACUGACAUGUGGCCUGGGCCUGACUGCCAUGCAGCUAUUCUAGUGUAUGGAGCCUUGGCAGCGGUUCAACUUAUUUCCCUUGGCUCUGAAGCCUCUUGUUGGAGAUGCACUGAUCAUGUUUGUUUGCAAUCUGAAUUAAAGUAAAUUAUCACUGAA